AUGUCACCAGAUGAUGGACAAGUUCCACAACAGCCUCGAUUUGAAGUAAUUCUUUAUAAAUCUAAAACUAAUAAAUUCGGUGUUGAUUAUAUUAAAUCACCUGAAAUGCCUAAAAUUAUUAAAAUGUGUAAAAAACAUUUUACUAAGCAUCCAGUUCAAGCAAACUCAAAUUUUAUUUGA